UACGGGUCUCUUUGGAAAAAGUGGGUGGCGUUGUUAUGUGUAGGCAUGGAGAGGCUCAAAGCGACUCGGCUGCUCGUGUUUCUAAUGUGAUGACAGCUGAUUCUACCGAGACAGAGCCAGGACCACCCGUGUCACCUUUUUCUUCUGUCAACAUGUCUUCUUGACCCUCUCACGCCGAAAUAAAGCGCUUCUUCUCGGGAAUAAUGACCCCGCGCACCGCUCCAAAGCUCCGGGACGCGUAAGCUGCUCCAAAAAACUUGUGUCGCGGAGAAAAAAAAAAGCAACACCCGCCACUGAACCACCACAUCACCAGGCUGGAGAAGUUGGAAAUCUUGUCUGACUGGAUCUAACCUAAUCUAUCACAUUUUUUCCCACCGCAGCUUCUGACACUUUACAGGUUAUGAGUAAUGGAAGCGGGCUCGGUGGUGCGUGCCGUGUUCGAGUUUCUCCCCAGCGUCUCCGAGGAGCUGCCACUCUUCACCGGUGACGUCAUCGAGGUGCUCAGUGUCCUGGAUGAGUUUUGGUUGCUCGGUAACAAAGAUGGCGUCACAGGUCAGUUUCCCAGCACCUUUGUGGAAGAGGUUACCAUUCCCAGCACCAAGCCUGGAGACAGACUGUACGUGUGCAUCAAUGAUUUCAGCUCAGCGGAGCCGGGCAACCUGUCCCUGAAGAGAGGUGAUGUGGUAGUUGGAGAGGCAGGAGGGUCCAUGAACCUUGGCGAAACCUGGCAGCGUGGUUGUAAUGCCUGGGGCGUCCGUGGUCAUUUCCCCACGUCAUGUGUGAAGGAGCUGAACCUUUCAGGUCGAUCCAGGCAGCUGUCUGAACGCUCAGCUCAGGCCCAGGCUUCAGAGCUCCCACCUUACGCCCUGGGCCAAGCCCGGGCACUUAUGAACCUCCAUGCUCAGCUCAAUGAAGAGUUGGACUUCCGCGAAGGGGACUUGAUCAUCAUCACUGGCCUGCCUGAGCCUGGGUGGUACCAGGGGGAACUAGAGGGUCGUAGGGGCAUCUUCCCAGAGGGGUUUGUGGAGCUCCUGGGUCCCCUCCGAUCUCCUCAGGAGCCAGACGACUGCCAGUAUUUGAACAGUGAUUCUGCAUUUAGCUAUGAGGACCCUUACGAUGCAGGAGAGGGGACAGAGGAGGAAGGUGUAGAAGAACGAGACGUUUUUUUGAGAGAGGAGGAGGAGGAGGAACAGAAGGAGUCUGUAGCAGAAGAAGAGGAAGAGGAGGGCGGUGUCUAUGUAGUGGCGCUGUAUGAGUUUCGGGCCAUGGAACCAGGCGAGUUGGACUUCGAUACGGGGGAUCGCAUACGUCUUACAAACACUUUAGAGGAUGGUUGGCUGGAGGGCGAGCUGCGAGGGCGACGUGGUAUUUUUCCUCAUCGUUUUGUUAAAAUAGAGGAUGACGGACAGAAAACCACAGAUGAAACAAAUGUCGUUGAACCGGAAGAAGACAAAGAGAACAGCUGUAAUUCUGAAUACAGCUCAGACCAUUUAUGUCCCGGUGGACCAGAGAACGGUCCUGAAUGGAGGACAUAUGAGGAUCACACAGUGUGGGACUUGGACUACUUUGAGAGGACUGAGGAGCAGAGGUGGCAAAGAGAAAACAAAAGCACCGGAGCUCAGACUAACAACAGAGGGUCGAGAGAUGAGGGUAGCAGGCCGGACUCUCAUCCACGUAGACCUGUCGCCCCAGCACAAAGAGGGCCUGAGAGACCCAAAUCCACGCCUCCAGCAAGGCCUAAACUCCCAUCCCGGCCUAGCCUGCCUGCACAUAGCCAUAGGCACCAUGGCACAAACCGGUCUAGGUAUACUAACGGUAACUCUCGAUCCUUACAGUCCAAACUAACCCACAGCCUAACCCUCCCUAGCACUCAGUCUGGUUGGUCUAAAGACAGCAGAUACUACCAGAGUCCACCAACAGAUGGUGCCACUACCGAUAACAGAAGUGCCAGUCUUGGCCAGGUGUUAUUUAACCUUGCUCAGAGCCAUAAGCAGAAGAAGAUAACUCGCCACGCUAGCGUCAGCGAUGCUGAUAUGAUGAUGGGAGGUACAGAGACACAGCGUUCCCAGCAGAAGACACGUGGCUCCAAUGGUUUGAUGCCAACGUCGUUCACCUUAGAUAACCUGGCAACCUCAGCCGGUGACCUGGAGACCAAGCUGUCCCAGCAGCUUUUCGAAUUUGAGAAAAGCUUGACUUCAUAUAGUGAUCUUAACAUCGGUUCUGGUGCUCCCAGGGACAUGUCUUCUGUAGGCGACCUGGCCCAGCAAUCCCGUAUCUCACGCCACUUUUCUAUUCUAGACUUCGGCGAUGAAAGCGAUAUCAUCCGAGGCUCCUUGCAUUCACCAGUGCCCCAACUCUUGCAGUCAAACUCGGCCUCUUCUUCACUAGAGAGGCGCAGGACCCUUCGACCUCCUCCACCUCGUCCUAGAGUCCAGCGUCCCCCAGCCCCACCAGCAUACAGACCAGCCCGUCCUGCUCCACGUCCCCCUCCUCGUUGCCCGAGACAAAAUACCGCUCCUCCAUCCAACAACUCCCUCAACAACAACCCCAUCUUCUACACGCCUGACGAACCACCUAUAAACGUCCUGGACCAAAUAACAGAAGGGCAGGCUGAGUUCGGUGACCUCGCAGCUGCCCAGGAACAUGAAAUCCAGUGCCAGCUGGAAGCCGAGAAAGAGCUGGAGAGAGAGAUGGAGUUGGAGAGUCAGAGACAGAGGGAAGAGGAGGAGAGGUACCAGCUGUUGCUACGGCUACAAGAGGUGGAGCACGACAUGGAGGCUUAUGCGCACACAGCGGAGGAACUCCGGACCAUGUUGGAGGAGGAGGACGACGAGACAGCCCGCAUGCAAGCCAUGGAGAACCUGGAGUUCUGCAACUACACGCUGGAGACUCUGGCCCUGGAGCAGCAGCAGCUACAAGAGAUGACCCUCCUGUCGUCCCAACCAAAACCCCUGGACUCCACCACGACCUCGGACUCCACCCCCGCAGCCGGCACGGAGGAUCCAGAGCUGAGGAUGCUGGAGAAGAGGUCGAAGGUCAUCGAGGAGCUGCUGCAGACGGAGAAGGACUACAUCAAAGACCUGCAGAUGUGUGUGGCGGAGAUCAUCGAGCCGCUGCAGAAGAAGCAGGUGAAGAACGUGGACUUCGAUGGACUCUUUGGCAACAUCAGCUCUGUGAUAGACCUGUCACAACGUCUCUUAGAUACGCUGCAUGACACAGACUCUAUUGGAAAAGUAUUUCUGGACUUCAAAGCUGAGCUGGAAGAGGUGUACAAGAUCUACUGCCAGAACCACGACGAUGCCAUCUCUCUGCUGGAGACCUACGAGAAAGACGAAAACAUCCAGCGCCAUGUGUUGGAGUGUCUGGAGCGACUGAGGGCCAUAUAUCGCGAGUGGGGGAAAACAAAUUACAUCAACCUCGGCUCUUUCUUAAUCAAGCCGGUGCAGCGGGUGAUGCGUUACCCUCUCCUGCUGAUGGAGCUGCUCGGGGCCACGCCGGAGAGCCACCACGACCGGCCCCAGCUGACGAAGGCUCUGCAGGCCGUCAAAGAGAUUAACGUAAACAUCAACGAGUACAAGCGAAGGAAGGACCUCGUGGUGAAGUACAGGAAAGGCGACGAGGACACGUUCAUUGACAAGAUCUCCAAGCUAAGCAUGCACUCCAUUAUCAAAAAAUCCAACCGGGUCAGCAGCCACCUUAAACACCUCACAGGGAUUUCACCCCAGAUUAAAGAUGAAGCAUUUGAUGAGGCUGAAAAGAAAUUCAGGCUACAGGAGAGACUCAUCAAGUCUUUUAUCAGGGACAUUUCCUUGUACCUGCAACAUAUAAGGGAAUCGGCGUCUGUAAAAGUCUUGGCAGCCAUCAGUUUCUGUGACAUCUACACGGAGCGCAGCGUUCUCGAUGCCGAGCAUUUCCAGAGAGCUCACCGCUGCAUCAGUGACCGACAGUUCACAGAAUUUAAGGAACGCACAGAGGCCUUAGUCAUCAACCCGCUCAACCAGCUCCUCCUCAUGUUUGCCGGCCCACACAAACUCAUCCAAAAGCGCUUUGACAAGCUGCUGGACUACGACAACUGCAAGGAGCGCGCCGACCGCCUCAAGGACCGGCGCAUCCAGGACGAGCUGCAGGCCGCGCGCAACAACUACGAGGCGCUCAAUGCCCAGCUUCUGGACGAGCUCCCCAAGUUCUACGUUGCGGCAGAGGAGCUGUUUACCGGCUGCGUGAGGUCUUUCGCUCAAGCCCAGAAGGAUUUCAUGAAGACGACACUGGGAGAGCUGAAGCCCCUCCUACAGGUUUUUUCUAACAAAGCUGCCACAGAGACCAACCUCAUUGCACAGUUCCAUGAAGGGUACGGCCGAGUCCUCCAGCUCCUGCAGGGCUUCAGCUUCUGUCCGGAGAACCUGCCUCCAGCCACCACUGCAAAGAAGCCCUUCGAGAAGAAGACUCUAGAGAAGCAGAACUCUAAAAAGCAACUGCAGACACCCUCAAGCACGCAGACAGAUGAACACCGUGCAGGACUUCUGGUACGCUACGGUCCUGAGAAGCUUUUCCAGGCUGAGAGAAACUUCAAUGCAGCCCAGGAUUUGGAUGUCUCCAUACAAGAGGGAGACCUUGUGGGUGUGAUCAAGCAGCAGGACCCCAUGGGAAGCAACAACCGCUGGCUAAUUGAUAAUGGAGUCACCAAGGGGUUUGUGUACACCUCCUUCCUCAAACCCUACAACCCACGCAGGAGCCAGUCAGACAUGUCCAUCGAGAGCCAAUCGUCCAAUGAGUCUGGCUACGGUGGCUCCUCCCCCGUUUUCUCCCGCCAAAACAGCAACAGCACAUUGACCUUUAACCAGGAAACCGCCACUGUCAGCUUUUCCACAUCUCAGCCCCCGAGCCAUUCAUCGCCGCACCCUUCGCUGGACUCCGCCUCGUCCCGCAGGAGUCACAACAGAGAUGCACCCAACCCCGACUCUGCCAGCCAGAGCAACUCCAUAAACUCCUCGCCCCGAAAUCACUCAAACCGCAGGGAAUUCUCUGAGCAAACGCACCGAAAUUCCUCCAGUCACAGGGACACAGAGCCUUCUUACCGGCAUUCAGGCAGCCACAGAGACGCGUACGAUACGAGUUAUGCAAGUUCGAGCAGCCAGAAGGAGACGUCGGACCUCUCGGAGACAGAGUCUUAUUCUUCACACAGGAACAGUCGCUCACAGCGAUAUGGACACACAGACAAAACCUACAGUUCAUACCAGUGGAGAAAUGGAGAUAAUGGUGGCCAGAAGAGGUCUGCGUACUCCAGAGAUGAGUACAUCGAGCCGGAGCCGGAACCAGAACCAGAACCUGAAGUAGAUGGUCAUCAGAUUUACUACGCUCUCUACUCCUUCGAUGCCCGUUGCGCCAAUGAAAUGAGCAUCUCGGCCAAUCAGCGGCUGCGGAUACUGGAGUUCCAGGACAUGAACGGCAACAGUGACUGGUGGCUGGGGGAGGCCGAAGGCCGACGAGGCUACGUGCCUUCCAACUACAUCCGCAAAUCAGAAUAUACAUGAACAAAGGUGUAUCUCCUGGAUGAUACCUGAGACUGUACUUGGACCUUUUUAAGGAGGCUCUCACUCUGCGAGGAGACAGAACAAAAAGACAAACAAGCAUCUGGGCACGCUGUGACUUAUUUUUGAUCUGUUGUCAUGGAGUUUGAUAGUGGGAAGGACUGACUAUUGCUGCUGACUCUGCUCCUAUAAGUUAGCAUUAUAUGCCUAUAUUUAUAGACUUUUUAUAUUAUUUUUACUUACUGGAAAUUGCACCGUACCCCCUUUUUGUUUCCAGUGAAAAACCUGUGAAUUGCACCAUAUUUUUGCCAUAUUCUCUGGGGCUGAAGACAAUGAAUUGUAUGUUUUUAAGAGAACAGUCUUAGCACAUUGGGAGAUUGCAAUGUAAAUGUGAAUACUUUGGGUUCAGACUGGUUCUUCUAAACAAACAUAAAGUGGUAUGCAGACAGACUGUCCGAAACACUGUGUUAUUCACUUUUUCUGCAUGUGGUUUCUUUCACCACUAGAAUAAUGCAUGCGUAUUAGAUGCAUUUACACCGUACUGUUCAACAAUCAAGGAUUGAGGCACUUAUAAGGAUGAUUAUCUACUGGUUGCUAGUUUUGAAGUGUCUGCAGAGGCAUCAACACUAACUUGGAGUGUUGUAUGAAGUUAAUAUGGACUAGAUUAUAUGAAAGCAUUAUGAUAUAAUCAGAGGUUUACAAGCACUCCUCUUGUCAGUGACAUGAAACAAUUGUUUUUAACUGGGUUGACACUGUGCAAAAAGCUGAUGACCCAUUUUACCUGUCAGAGGGGGUUAACAAACAGGGAGAGACAGAUAGUGGUCUGAUCUGAUUUCUCCACAUGCUCCAUGUACAUUAUAUAUAGUGCUGUAUAUUAAGAAUAUGCUAUUGCUCCCACUGUAAAGUGAUCACUGUUUAAAUAAAAAACAGCACAGCUGACAAAUCACAA